UGAAAGCUACCAACAGGAAGAAGAAGAAGACUUCAAGACGUUUUUCAACAACAAAACUUCGGUGUUUUAGUCUUAGAUCGCUUUCUUUCCCUUAGAUAUUAGAAGAAUGGCAGCGACACCGACUCCUGGUAACCUUUUUGAUGAAUUUGAAGAGGCAUUUCAGAAUUGCAUGGCUCCUUUGAUUAAAGAAGACCAUUUCAAUGCUGUUAACCAGGAUGAGCUUAGAACAAAUGCAGAGACAAGUGGUCAGAGAUUCUUGGACAUAGCAAGACAACUAGAAGCGUUUUUUCUUCAGAAACGUUACUUGUUAUCGAUUCAGAAACCCGAACUAAUUUUAAUGGAGGACAUUUUAGAAAUGCGAAGUGAGUUAUCACGGAAAGAUGAGCUUCUCAAGAAACAUGCUGAUAAAUUGGGUGAAUGGCAGAACCUUUUGUCUUCUAUGCAAACUCGAUUGGGUGCAACAUCUGCAGCUAAUCGCCCUUCAGGUCCUACAACACAAGGACCUACACAUUCGUCAGGGAUGGUGGGAGGAGGAGGAGGAGGAGGCAGCAGUGGAGGGCCCUCUUCAGGUGCUUCUUCAGGUGGCCCAUCUUCAGGAGCAGCAGGCAGUAGUGGAGGUGGAGGUGGUAGUGGAGGAGGGGGAGUCACAAGCGGUGGCACUGGAGGCAGUGGAGGAUGUGGAAGUGCUGGCAGUGGUGGAGGUGGCAGUGUAGGGAUAGGAGGCGGCGGCAGUGGAGGAACUGGAAUGAGCACUAGUGGUCCUCCAUCUGCUGGGUCACAUGGGUCAGUACCAAUGCCUGGUUUAAGUCCAGUUGGGGGGAACAUGUGCCCUACUUCAGUGCCAUCUUCAGGACCCCCUCCUCCUAUGUCACACAGUAUGAAUCCUGGAAUGGGCAUGGCGCAACCUUCAAUGAUGCAAAUGGGUGGUGGAGGAGGGAGCAUGGGCCCGGGUCCUGGUAUGGGGGGCAUAGGUGGCAUGACUCAGGGGACUUAUCAGGGUGGCCCAGGUGGUGGAAUGUUCCCAGGAAGUAUGGGACAGCAACCCCCUGGAGGCCUACAAGGGCCCCUUGCUUAUCUUGAAAAAACAACUACUAAUAUUGGCGUACCAGAACCCAGACGCUAACUAACAUUCAGCUUUGCACUUCUUUCUUUGGUUUUGUAUUUAUAACCAUAUUCAUAUAGUAUUUGUACCUUUUAACUGCUUACUUAUAAAAUGCUUUUAAUCUAAUACAGACUGAUAUAUUUGUAACGACUGACUAGUAUUAUACCAAAUACAUAUCGGAUAAGAA